UAUUUAUCUAGAGAACUAGCAAACUAACUCACUAGCUCAGUAGGCUAGCUAGCUAACUUAUCUCCCUUAUGUUUACUUAUGUUAAUCAACGGACAAUUUGCUUUUUUGGAGAUACCGUUGUUGCAUGACAAGUAUCCGUUGGAGAACUUAACUAAUGUUAAUCAGUGUGAGUGUGUUGGUGAUAACAUUGUAUUGUCCCCAGUAUCAAAUAAAAAUCCAGGAACAGGGAGACUGAGCGUCCGAGCUACCUGCCAUAGGUCUAUGAGGAAGCAUGAGAAACCUCACAACCUCAGAAUUGUCUUUGAUGACUCCUCCCCUGUGCAGCUGAUUCUAGCUGAGUGUUCAUGUGUGGCUGGAACAGCACUUUGUAACCAUAACGUUGCACUGCUGUACCAGACUGCACAUUACUCUCAGUUGAAUCUUGCUGCUGUUCCCCCAGUCCUGAGCUGUACAGAGACAGAACAAUGCUGGCACAAACCAAGAGUUAUGGGUGUGAAGCCAGGUCGGGUCAGUGACAUGGUUGUGAUGUCUACCAAGCCAAAGCAGAGAACUGUUGCUAGAGGUGUAAGGAGUACACUUUACAAAGCUGUGCGGGGGGAGUUGCCAGAUCCUGAUGUCCUUAAAGUGGCUGAGGCUUAUAAGGAUUUCCCAGCGGACAUUGCACCAUUGAUCACCACCAUGGCUAUCAGUGCUGAUGUCCCACUGGUUGACUCAGCAUUUGGUCCAGUGCAAGAAGGCAGUCCAAUUUCCUACCAGCAUCCAGUACCUGUGAGCCGAACGAUCCUUUACCACCAGGAUGCCCCUCCACCACCACCUCUACCUGUAGAUGGUUACAGUUUGGAGCCUACUACCUGCCAGUUUGUUUGCAGUCUCCAACAGCAGCUACAUCUGCAGUCACUGCAAACUACUUUGGAUAUGGCAAGGAAGGUAGAGGCUGCUACAAGGGACCAAAGUGCCUCUGUAGAGUGGCAUAAAGUCAGGAGGAACAGAGUAACAUCUUCCCACUUCAAAGACAUUUGCCAUGUCCGUGGUCAGAGUUCAGCAGAACAUCUUGCUGAGAGAAUACGAAGGGGUGUGGCUCAAACAGCUUUAAUGAAGAGAGGACUGGCAUUAGAGCGUGACGCCAUUCAGGAGUAUUGCCGGGUAAAGAACACCAAUUACUCGCCUUGUGGCUUUGUGAUCCACCCAGAUGCUCCGUGGUUAGGGUCAUCUCCUGACGGGGUUGUUUUUGACCCAACUGAAAACCCACCCUUUGGCCUGCUGGAAGUCAAAUGCCCAAAUGCCAAAAGCUACGUUGACUGUAAAUACCUGAGGUUGCAGAAUGACACCAUGAAGUUAAAACAGCAGCACAGCUACUACUGGCAAGUUCAAGGUCAGCUCCUGAUUACAGGUAUGCAGUGGUGUGACUUUGUAGUGUUUGCAGAGGAGGACAUGGUGAUCCAGAGGAUCUACAAAGAUGCAGAAGUUGCUACCAUCAUCAGGGAGAAGGGUGAUUUCUUUUUUUUUUACGUUUACAUGGCAGUUUGUUUGAAGGAUUAGGCUUACUAUAUAUAUAUAUAUAUAUAUAUAU